AGCCGGCAACAAAGCACAACGUGGUCGUAAGAACGCUGGAGUGUGUCAAAUAGUCGCGAAUAGGUAGCAUACAGGGGAAACCUAUUUUUCCUCGUAUAUGUUUGGACCUAGAAGCCAAGAAGAUUCAUUGAAUGAAUAGUUAUUGGCUUUAAAAUUUAAAUAAUUUACGAACAUUUGGAGUGAGUUUCUAGUAGUUUUACAAUAACUCGGAUUAUUUGAUAUCAAAUGCAAAUUGAAGAUGUCGAUCCUACUACACAGCGUAAUAUUACUAGUGGCUUCCUCGUUACAGCUUUUGGUAGUCGAAGCCCAAUACCGCCGCGUAUGCUACUACACCAACUGGGCCCAGUAUCGCCCUAAUGAAGGCAAGUACUUCCCAGAAGAUGUGGACCCGAACAUGUGCACUCACAUUGUCUACGCCUUCGCCAAGCUGAACGGUAACCGUCUGGAGGCCUUCGAGUGGAAUGACGAGACCACCGACUGGAUGCGAGGAAUGUUUGACCGCUUCAAUGAUCUGAAAAUGAAGAAUCGCGAACUAAAGACGCUGCUGGCGGUUGGGGGCUGGAAUAUGGCCUCAAAACCUUUCACAGCCAUGGUGGAUACGCCGGCCAGCCGUAGAGAAUUCGCCACAACAUCUGUCAAGUUUUUACGAGACAAAAACUUCGAUGGUCUCGAUUUGGACUGGGAAUAUCCGGCUAAUAGAGGUAGCCCCCCAGAGGACAAAGUCAAGUAUUCCCAACUUGUUUCGGAACUCAGACGGGUGUUCGAUGAAGAAGGUAGAAGGACGAACAGAGCACCUCUGCUUCUUACUUCGGCAGUGGCUGCUGGCAAGGACAAAAUAGACACUGCCUAUGAGAUACCUUCCGUUUGUAGGGAUAUGGAUUUUAUUAGCAUCAUGACAUACGAUCUACACGGUAGCUGGGAAGAUGUAACCGGACACAACAGUCCGCUUCUACCACAUUCUGGCGAGACCGGCAACCAAAGAUAUCUAAACAUGGACUGGGCUUCAAACUACUGGGUUCAGCAAGGUUGUCCCAAGGACAAGCUCGUCAUCGGCAUGGGGCUGUACGGUCGUUCGUUCACUCUGAAGGAUCCAUAUGACAACGGGCUUAUGGCGCCAGUGAAGGGCAAGGGAGAGGCGGGAAAAUACACGCGCGAAGGCGGUUUUCUGUCUUAUUAUGAGAUUUGCGACAUGCUGGCGACAGGCGGCCAGUCUUUCUACAUCAAAGAGCAAGAAGCACCUUACGCCGUUAAAGGCGACCAGUGGGUUGGGUACGAUGACGUAGACAGUCUGCGUAUAAAAGUCCAAUGGAUGAAACAAAACGGAUUCUCAGGAGUCAUGGUGUGGGCUCUAGAUUUGGAUGACUUCAAAAACCACUGCGGCAUGGGCACCUACCCACUUAUGAAUGCCAUUAACAAGGAGCUGUUGGGCUCCACGCCGCGACCCCCGCUUUCUAGACCUAACCGAGUUAUGCCGAACCCUGCCGAUAGACCUGCAAUCGCCCCGCCGGUGAACAGCUGGGAGCAGCCACCAUCUCAACCGAAGCCGGCAGUCAGACAACAAAGCGCCAGCAGCAGUACUAACCAUGGCAACAUCCCUUCAACUAUGCCUCAUUUAACGAACGAAUUCAACUGUCCACCGAACGUCAACUCCUACCACGCCAAUCCAAAAAGCUGCGACGAAUAUUAUAUCUGCGCCGACGGUCUCUCCUUCAAGUUCAAAUGCGCUUCCCCAUUACUCUGGAACCCCACCAACAACUUCUGCGACUGGCCCGAAAACGUGCGCUGCGAAAAACUCGUGAAGACGGAACCAGCCCAACCUCCCAGACGGCCGCCGCCGUCGACGACGACGACCAGACAGACCAGACCAACCACUACAACAACGACAACGACUACAACAACGACAACACCAUCCCCGCGGCCUCCGCCACAACCACCAGUGCAGCAAUUUGAUCCAUGGGGUCGCCCAAAUCCGAGUUGGGGACCAAAUCCGAGUUGGGGAGCGAGCGUUCCGCAAUCCAAUCCGUUUGCGAACGCUGGAAACAACGACUGGGGUCUAGCGAGGCAAAAUACCAACCCGUCAAAUGUAUUCUUUCCGGUACCGGUCGUAACGACACCGACGCCAGUUCCUGUAAUGCCGACCAACAUCGACAUGGAUUUUUAUAAUUGGAUCGCAUUAUUCUUCAGAAAUCUGCAUAGUAUGAGCGGUCCGCAAGGGGAUAUUAUACGGGCCAUGCCACCCCCACCACCAGUGUUGGGGCGAAUGCAACCGCAGCAGCAGCAGCAGCUCUUUGGAUCUCACCAACAGCAUCAGCAACUGCCAUUUGGAACCCAACAACAGAGUCAGAGAGUGCUUCCGCCGUCACACAUCGAUAUGCCAGAGUUCACGCCACAGUUACCCGAACCUUCUGCGAGUCCUCAAAUGUUUGUACCUCCUCCACCGCCGACAACCGCGACUUUCUGUACAGGAAAACAAGACGGAAAGUACCCUGAUCCGGUCGACUGCAGUAAAUUCAUUGAGUGUGUCGCGGAAAGGGACUAUCGCGGUUCGUGCCCUGCAGGUACCGCACUGGACGCAACAUACGGCAUUUGUGAUUACACGCAUAAAAUAACCCGAUGUGCCAUUCAGAGUUUCCAGGGUUAACGCCACUUGAGCGUUAUUUCUGUAUUUGAGCCUUGUUCUGAGAAAACUGGGCUAAAUGCAUGUGCGUAAAGUAUCAUCCCAGAUUAGCCUGUGCAGUCUGCACAGGCUAAUCAGGGACGACACUUUCCGCUUGUAUGCCAUUUUUCGUUUAAAUGAAGUAUCUGCUUAGCGGAAAUCCAAUUUAGGCGGAAAGUGUCGUCCCUGAUUAGCCUGUGCAGACUUCACAGGCUAAUAUGGGAUGGUACUUUACGAACAUGCAUUUAGCCCAGUUUUCUCAGAACACGACUCAUUUUUUUAUUGACCAUAUUUGUGUGCUUUUUGUUACAUUUGUAAAUAGUUAUUAAAUGUAAAUUGUAACAUAUAACUACGUUGACGACUUAUUUUAGAGUUUAUGUAGAAUA